AUGGCUGCUGAACAGAGACCCGCUCCCCUCCGCCUGGGCUCCAUCGCCCCCAACUUCAAGGCCGAGACGACCAAGGGCCCCAUCGACUUCCACGAGUUCAUCGGCGACAACUGGGUCAUCCUCUUCUCCCACCCGGAGGACUUCACCCCGGUCUGCACCACCGAGCUGGGCGAGAUGGCCCGCCUCGAGCCCGAGUUCUCCAAGCGCGGCGUCAAGCUCAUCGGCCUGUCGGCCAACACCAUCGACAGCCACGACGGCUGGCUCAAGGACAUCGAGGACGUGACCAGCUACCUGCCCAGCUUCCCCAUCAUCGGCGACAAGGAGCGCAAGGUCGCCUACCUGUACGACAUGCUCGACUACCAGGACACGACCAACGUCGACGCCAAGGGCAUCGCCUUCACCAUCCGCUCCGUCUUCUUCAUCGACCCCAAGAAGACGAUCCGCUGCAUCCUGAGCUACCCGGCCUCGACGGGCCGCAACUCGGCCGAGAUCCUGCGCGUCAUCCAGUCCCUGCAGACGGGCGACAAGUACAAGGUCACGACCCCCAUCAACUGGCAGCCGGGUGAGGACGUCAUCGUCCACCCCAGCGUCAAGACCGAGGACGCCAAGAAGAUCUGGCCCGAGGUCAAGAUCGUCAAGCCCUACCUGCGCUUCACGCCGCUGUCCAAGGACAAGGUCGAGGCUUGA